AUAAUGGUCCUCCAAUCCAACCCUCGAAACAGCGAUCUUGUACAGCUCUAAGCUCCUUGCUCAUUCUCAAGGCUGGAAUGGCAGCAAAACCUCUCUAAACUCUGUAGCCAUGUCGACGACGACAAUUCCCAUCCUCUCUUAUCCAAAUUCCUCUGUUCUCAAUCUCAAAACUCGUUUGCUUUCUCGUAUCGGCAUUCGUCCUAGCUACCCAACCCUCCAAUUUCGCUCUUCUCCAACUAAAACCCAAUCUUCUAUCAAACCCACAUUCAGUGGCAAUUUUCAGGGGUUUAAUGGGAAAAGACUCUCGUUUGAAAGAAGGUUCAGGGUGUGUGUGGGUUCGAAGGAUGAUGGUAUUGAUGAAGCUGAGAAAGAGGCUAGAGGGGAGAGUACUAUGCCCGAGCGGUUUAGAUACUUGACCAAAGAAGCUCCUGACCCUCCUGUGAGGUGGCCUUGGUUUGUCGCGGUGGCUUUCUUACUCUAUGCAUGGAGGGCAGUUUUAUUUGAGUUAAAUAACUGGAGGAAGGCUGCAUUUGCCAUUGUUGGUUUUGUGGGAUACCUCAUGAAACUUUUUCUGGCCCUUUUCUUCCAUUUCUUAGGUGAUCCCAUCACUUCACUAAUCCGAUGCAUUGAGACCAUACUUUAUAGCAUACGAGCUUUCUACUCUGGCAUCGUCGCAUAUGCUCCAGUUCCAGAGCUAACCACAAUUAUCAUGUUGGCAUCAGCUAUACUUGCCAUUGCAGAAGCCACAGUUCCGAAUUCUGUAAACAGCCAACCAUAUCUCCUCACCAUAUCUGGCUUAAUUGGGUAUGCUGCUGUGAAAGGUUUCAUAUCCGAGCCUUUCUUCUGGACCCUUUUAGUGGGAUUAUACGGUUUUUCACAUUUUGUCAAAAAGAGAGAUCAUGUUUCAUCUGCAUUGCCUGCUGCAGCUGUACUGAUUAGUGUUGGAGAACCAUGGGUUAGAGUUUUGGUGAUGGCUUCGUAUUUAGCCUUAGCUAUUUCUCACCAUUCAAAGACGCAUUCAGAAGGAAAGGAUGAAGUAGCAGUGACAGAUAGGAAGCCUCCACUGCCAUUGUUGGGUGUUGCUUUAGCAAUUGGAAUACGGGUUGCUGCUAAAUGGGCUGGAUACCGGCAUUUGACAUGGAUGAUAGCUUAAGCACCAAGAAAAUCCAUAUCUGCCUUGCUAUAAUGAGGUCUACAUUGGGAUGCCCCUGUUCAAUCUGACCUUCAGUUAUUGUCACAAAGCAUUAGAAGUAAUCUCCUUUCGACUUCAAUUCUUUCUUAUAAGCUAGAUGCCAAUAUUUUACCAAUUUUGGGAGUUCAAAGUCACCUAGUUCUCAUAGUUUGUCAACUAAAAAUUGUAUGUUGGCAUUGUGCCAGAUCCAAAUUUUACAGUAAUCUCAACAAGCAGUGGUUUGCCAAGAGUCCCACUGGUUUUUGUUUUUGUUUUCGUUUUCUAUUUUUUAAUUUGUUUCUGGCACAAUGUGAUAUGAUUCUUCAUAAUUCGUCGAGUUUCCUGAGGACCAAGGCGUCAAACUGUUGAGGGUUGAAGAAAAAAUAAAUUUUUGGGAGGGGAAAUGUUAAAUUACUAAUACCCUCGAACUAGUAAUAAUUAACCCAAAAAAAAAAAAAAAAAAAAGUUACAUCCAUCAUAUAUACUUAAAUCCAUGUAACCUUUCCCUUUUUCGUUUUUAUUUUUAUUUAUUUUUUUUAUCUUUUCAAUUUUUAAUCUGUGAUUAAAGAUAAUGCGUUCCAUAAGGGAAAUAAAAAUUAUUUUUAGCAGAAAAAGAAAAAGGAAAACAAUUUAUAAAAUGAGAUCUGAAUGGUGAUCUUGGGGCUGACGUGGCAAAGUAUACUGAACGAACCGCAUAACAAGCACCGGAUGUAACCUAAUCGAGAGGGCAAAGCUCUAGGGUUUAGGGCUUUAUUCGUUCUAUAUAAACAAGCUCAAAGCCUCACACAGCCUCAACGCAUAUGUCUGCGAGAGAUGCUCGACUUCUAGGUUAGGGUUUGAAGCAAUUUGGAUGCUAAUUUCAUGAGAGGAACUUGUGGUUUCAGUUUUCCUUAUUGCCAUGUUAUAGUCUUGCUGGCGGUUAGUGUUUUUCUGCACGAUGCACAAAGGGCUUCUCUGAGGAUCCCUGUGACGCCGUAAGCCCCAAUUGCUCGUGCUAGAACUCCGCCGUUUAGUGUUGCAGGUUUAGCUUUGUUCACAUUCCACGGCUGAUCUGUGUCAAAACAACGGCUACAUUUCUUUUAUAUCGUUUAUGUUCAUGAUUAUAUAUUUAUCUGUGUGUGUUUUUUUUUUUUUCUUUUUUCUGUUUUUUAUUUGCCUCACUACACCUUUAGCUUGUUUUUGAUAUCAUUAGAUAAUUCAGUGAAAAACAAAGCUAGUCAUCGAGGCGUAUAUCGAUGUCAAAUGGCGGGUUUUCACGUGGGGGUUGAACUAUUUCAAUGGUUUUGCCUCUAAAAGUAUCCGCUAUAAUGUCUAGUUGCUGAAAUUGAAUUUCUUUUGUUGUUUUUCUGUGUUUUAUAUUGGGCCAAAUAAUUUGGAAAUUAUCUUCUUCUUUUUUCUUUUUUUUGGUGCUGUGUUUAAUAUAUGUUUGUGCUUCCUUUAAUUCGAUGAUUAAAAGAAUCUGGUUCUCUUUAUGAUAUGAUUGGGUUAUAGUUUCUUUGAGAUUUAAUAUAUCUUUCAAUCUGUAGUAUUGUUGGCGAUGAUAUCAAACCCGCGCUUCUGAAGGUAAUCGAUGAAGCAAAAAUUUAAACAAUGGUUGAAUUUCUUGAUAUGAGCCAUCUUUUUUAAUGUUUUUUUUUUUUUAAAUUUUGUAUGCUAAUUUGUUUUAGGUUUUGGUAUAGUUAAUUGACUAGUUGGCAAGGAUGAUUAGUAUACAGCUUUAAAUGCCAGUUCUGCUUCAGAAAAUUCUUGAUUGAUAGAGCUGUUUCAUACGCUGAGCCUGCAAUUGAAGAAUUCUAGAAUUUAUGUUAUUAUGGUAACAAUGUUUUUUUUUUUUUAUCCUUUUAUCUUGUUGAGUUUGAUUUAUGUUUUUUUUUUCCUUGAUAUGAGCCAUCUUUUUUAUUGGGUUUUUUUGUUUUUAUUAAUUUUGUACGCUAAUUUGUUUUAGGUUUUGCUAUAGUUAAUUGACUAGUUGGCAAGGAUUAUUAGUAUACAGCUUUAAAUGCCAGUUCUGCUUCAGAAAAUUCUUGAUUGAUAGAGCUGUUUCAUAUGCUGAGCCUGCAAUUGAAGAAAUCUAGAAUUUAUGUUAUUAUGGUAACAAUGUUUUUUUUUUUUCCCUUUUAUCUUGUUGAGUUUGAUUUAUGUUUUUUUUUCCCCUUGAUAUGAGCCGUCUUUUUUAUUGGUUUUUUUGUUUUUUUGUUUUUAUUAAUUUUGUAUGCUAAUUUGUUCUAGGUUUUGUUAUAGUUAAUUGACUAGUUGGCAAGGAUGAUUAGUAUACAGCUUUAAAUGCCAGUUCUGCUUCAGAAAAUUCUUGAUUGAUAGAGCUGUUUCAUACGCUGAGCCUGCAAUUGAAGAAUUCUAGAAUUUAUGUUAUUAUGGUAACAAUGUUUUUUUUUUUCCUUUUAUCUUGUUGGGUUUGAUUUAUAUCGUUAUCUUAUUGUCCCCUGUUUCGUUUGCAUAUAUAUAGUCUGUUUCUUAUGAUGUUUAAAGUAAGUAUGCGUCAAUGAUGAUGUAUCCAUGUUUGAGGUGUAGCGUGCUCCAAGCCCCUGUACAAGGGAGAACCUACUUGGGGUGCUACAUCUGUAUAUGAAAUUACUGGAUCUUUCUGAGGCAUCUGUUUUAUGGUGCAGCUAUGUUCAUGCCUUUUUUUCUUUUUUCUUUUUUUCCUUUUUUAGCUGUUAUUUGCUUAAUGAGAUGAGCUUUCUUGAGGUGUUUUGGAUCCAAGACCCUGUUUCACAGGGAGAACCUACUUGUCGAAGCUACAUUUCAUAUGAUGUUAGUGGAUUUUGACUGAAUUAUUCACCUGAUUUACAAUUUAUUUUCAUUGUUGUUUCUGUUUUAUCCUUGUCAUAUAAUUAUUUUUUGUAGUUGGUGAUUGGCCGUACUUUGAGCUUAAGAAGUGUUAAGUUGCCAAUGAUGUCACAAUCCAACUUGUUUGAGGUGUAGUGGUGCCAAGUCCCUGUUUUUAUAGGGAGAACCUACUUGAUGAAAGCUACAUAACUUUGACAGAAAAAUGUAGACUGAGGAACUUAGUUUCUUUGUUUCUGAACCAUCUAUUUGAGCAUAAUUUUUUUUAUCUUUUCUUAGACUGAUGUAAACUUGUCCACGAGUAUGGACUCGUUGUUUUUCCGUAUUUGCAUAUUAUUUUGAUUUUCAAAAUACGAGUUUAAACUAUACUCUAAUCCCAGAUAAAUGGGUUGGAGUCUGAUAAACUCGUACAUUGCGUGUUGUCAUCAGCUUCUUCUCUUGUUUAUUACGAGAAUGGAGUUAAAUAACAGCACUAAAUAAAACUUAUAAAAGCCCACCUCUAUGUUGUGCUGAUAACAAGUACAGCUUGGUUUCAUUUAUUUUUGACGUUUA